UUUCUAUAAUCUGUGCCAAACCUCGGUCUAUUUUUAAAUUUUUUGUUAUAAAUUUUUCUCCAAUAUAAUCAAUUUUCUUCUAUAAAAUUAUCCAAAACAAGUGGUUUAAAUUAUCUAAAUAUCUCAUAAGCAAUGGUUAAUUCAAGUUUAGCGUAUGAAAUACUUCUUUAUAUAAACUCUUUUUACUUCGGACUAUUUGCUACUUGUGAAUUAGGUACACUAAUCUUGAAGUCUGUAUUGAUCGGUGGGAAAUAUGACGAUAUGGAGAAAAAUAGGACAAGGCUGGGCCAAGACUAUGGAGUACUAGUAGCCCUAUUUGUUAUCGAAGCUGCUAGGCUAUUUUUGGGUCGGAAGGGUAGUCUCAGUGAAAGAGAUGUGCCAGUAAUGUUUUCAGUACUGCUAACGGUUCCUUCUAUUGUAGGGGUUCUUUACUUACUGAUAUGGCAAGUAGUUGUAUUAAGAAUUGAGUAUAUUUGGUGUACGCUGAUGUUAUCAUUACAAAUACUAGAAUUCCUGUUUGCGUCCAUGUUUAUAGUUACUAUGUGUAGAGGUCCUUCGUAUGACUAGAACAUUGCCUUGUGUAUUUGGUGGUCCAAUUUAUUCGAGUCAGUAGGAGGUUUUAUGCAGUAACUUAUAUUUAUACAAAUUAAAUUAGCAUUAGUAGGAGAGACAUAUACAACCACAAAAUCGUCUAUCAACUUACCAAAUGAAAAACUAAACAAAUAAUGUAUUAUUAAUUUUUUUACUCUAAUAAGUGAAACUCAAGAACCAAUUUAAGUUACUUGACUACAACAAAAGCCUUGAGAUUCUUUAUAUUUAGGGUUUAUGAUGUUACUAAUUUAUUAACUAUAUAUUAUUUAAUUUAAAUUUUUAUCAACAUUUAGCACAUUUGACCAAUGUUUAUGUCUAUAUAGAUAGAUAUUUUUGAAAUAUAUCAGAUGUGUUUUUUAGAUUAAGAUUAUAUUUAAAAGUAAUAAAUAGUUGACUUUACUAUAGACCUUAAGGAUACAAACCCAUGUUAAUCCAAAUUGCCAACUGACAUUAUUAUUAGAAUAUUCAGUUAAUAUUAUAGCAAACACAUGUAUACAUUGACUUCCUUUUGUGAUAAUUUGAGAAUGUUUACUACAUAAAAGUCUAAAAAUAUUUAUACAAUGAGCAUGAUAAUUUAUUUUCUUAGAAUUGAACAUUUUAGAUUAAAAACUAAAUGUUUACACUAAUUUACAUGUUAUACAUAAAAAUAAAUUCUAGUCAACUUUUAUGCUGGAUUGACAGUAUAAACACAAGUUCUUACCACAUAUAUAUGAUAUAUGUAAUAUUUAAAAUAUAUAAUUUAUAACAUAUGCACAAUUAUUUUAGGGAAAUGUUUGACUCAAACAUUUUUAACAAUAGGUAGAUGAUAUACAAAGUAAACCAAAUCAUAGUCCCUAAUAAAAAGCAUAGGAAUGUUCCUAUAUUAUAAUUGUUUAUAUAUUUUUAAUGUACUAAUAUUAUCCAUCGUACUGGCCAGUGCCAAUGACACCAAAAUCUAUAUAUUGUAUAAUCAUAAGUAUACUCCCCACUGGCCAUAAGCGGGAUAAGAUUUAGAACACUAAUUGCUUAGAUGUAUAUCCUAUCCUAUAGGAGAUGUGAUUAUAAGUGGCCUUUGUAAAAGCCUUACAUUUUAUUGUGUGUAAUCUAACAAUAUAUUAAAUGUGUAUCAACAAAAAAUUUUUAACUUUUAAAAUUAUAUACUUAAAAUAUA